AUGGAUGGAAUGGAUGAAAUUCAGUAUUUUAAAGAAGUGAUAUUGUUUUUCAAAGAGUUUCAAUGGCUCUACAAUAUGCCUGUUACUAAAAUACUGUGUAGAGGUUCGUUAGACUCGUUACCCGCCGAUUGGUUAGAAGCCUUAAAAGACAUAGAUAACAAAGAUUUGAAUGAUUUUGUCACUGAAUUUAAGACACAAGAAAAGUGGCCAAGAUCUUUGCUCAAUUUUGUUGAAAGUUGUCGCAGUUUUCAUAAAUUACCAACAUCUAACAUUUCGUUAUCGUCGAUCUCAUUGCCUGAAUUGUUCCUCAAAAAGCUAAGUUUAAAAAAGCAACACGAAAUAUUUUAUUUGGCACGCUUAGUCCAUGAAAAAUGUCAACAGCAAGAAAUAUCAUUUGUAGUCGAUCUUGGCUGCGGUCUGGGGUACAUUUGUCAACUACUCAACCAUUUGUAUGGAUACCAAGUAUUAGGUUUAGAAUCGAAUGUAAAAAACGUAGAAGCAGCUAAGGUCAGACAGAAAAAUAUUUUUCCCGAUUCCCUUUCGGCAGUUAAAUACGUUUGCUGUACGAUAUCUAAGGAUUCUUCAGAGUGCAUUGAAUUCAUUGUUAACCGAGAGUUUGGAGAGAUCGAAAGUAUGUGUUUGAUUGGCUUACACGCUUGUAGCGAUCUCAGUGUGCACAUGUCAAACAUAUACUUAGAAAUGGAAAAGGCUAAGCUGCUAGUUUUAAUUUCAUGUUGUUAUCAUAAAUUAAGUCUCAAACAGGUUGAUUUGGAAUGUAGUGAUAAAGAAUAUUUUAAUUAUUUUCCUUUGUCAAAGACUUUGGAGAACACUGUAAAGAUUUUAAAUGUUGAUGUUGGAGAAUUUUUGAGGAGACCAUUUAUGCGAUUAGCUUGUCAAGAAACGUCAGACAGGUGGCUUGGACUUUCAAAAAAGGCUCACAACGAACAUUCAUUCCAUGUUCUUGCAAGAGCAGUUCUUGAAUUAUAUGCUGUCGAAAAUGACCUGCAAAUAAAGAAGCUUGUCAGGAAGGCUACCCGAAAAUCUCAAUGUAUCGACUUCGAGACUUACUUGAAAGACUGUAUGCAACGUUACACAUUUGAAAAGCAAAAAGAUUGUGAUGUACACAUGACACAUUCUGUUCCUUGGGAUGAUAGAACGAAAAACAGUUUGAUAAUACUGUGGAAAAAUAAUUUAGAGAAACAAGAAAGUAUAGAAGUGUACACUGGCUUACAGUUACUUUUACAACAUGCCGCAGAAUCUUUGGUUUUGUUUGACAGAUUGCAUUACUUAAGGGAGCAUAAUUUUGAAGCUGAUAUUGUACCAACCAUGAAUGGAUCUCUAUCACCUAGAUGUUAUGCUAUAAUAUCAAACAAAAAGCGAAAGCUUUGAUACGUAGCGUGAUAAAUAAUAAAACUAGUAUUUAUUUUACAUAUACAAGUAUAAAUAAAGUAACAAC